GGAGAGCGCGCAGGAGAGAACUCGGAAGUGGAGCGCCGCAGGUAAUGUCGCGGGAGACCCAGAACUGGGCCCUGGCCGGCUCGGCCCCCGCCCUGGACUGGAUGGAGGAGCCACGGCGCGGGAGUGUCAGGGGCCAGGCAGAUCCAAGCCGCCGAUGGAAGGGAACACCCCUGAUGGCACAGGCCCCAUGCACGUGCCGUUUGGGCACAUUGUGGCCAAUGAGAAAUGGCGCGGGUCGCAGCUGGCACAGGGAAUGCAAGGAAAAAUUAAACUCGUUUUUGAGGAUGGCCUGACACCGGUAGAUUUUUACUUGUCUAGCAGAUCCUGCAUUCUUUAUAUCACCGAAGCUGAUUUGGUGGCAGGAAAUGGCUACAGAAAGAGACUUGUUCGGGUUAGAAAUUCCAGUAAACUUCAAGGGAUUGUAGUAGUUGAAAAAACGCAGAUGAGUGAACAGUACUUUGCAGCUGUACAGAAAUUUACUGUGCUGGAUCUUGGGAUGGUGUUGCUUCCAGUGGCCAGCCAGACGGAAGCGUCCUGUCUCAUUAUCCAGUUGGUUCAAGAGCAAACCAAAGAGCCCAGUAAGAACCCUUUUCUCAGGAAGAAACGGGCUCUGAUCUCUGAGCCAGCCCUCCUUCGAACUGUGCAACAGAUCCCAGGAGUCGGGAAAGUUAAAGCUCCUCUCCUGCUUCAGAGGUUUCCAAGUAUCCAGCAACUAAGUAAUGCUUCCAUCCAAGAACUGGAGCCGGUGGUUGGACAAUCAGUGGCCCAGCACAUUCAUGCGUUCUUCACCCAGUCCAGGUGAUGGACUUGAUUGUAUUCUUCCCACGGCAUCUCCUUUACACCACGAACCACAGCAUCUUGUUUUCUCUCACAUUAAGAAACAAUAUUUCCUCUCACAGAAACUAGGGAAGGAUGAAGUGAGGCCUGAAUGGCACCUGCCAGAUGUCCUGCCCUGCUUUCUGGGCUCAGACAUUUACUUCAGUUAGUGUGCCCCAGAUGGCACUGCCUGCAUCCUGUUAGCAUGAAGAGGGCUGGUGGACACCUUCCUAAGGGAGUUGGUUUAAACAGGGACUCUUUCAAGAUUCAGCAAAAAGCCAGCUUGGGCAGAUUUUAAUGUGUGACCUUGACCUGUAUCUAUCAUGGAAGGUGGUGGAUGUGACCGUCUAAAGGAAACAGACCUACAAUGAAUGAAGCACUGUGUACCAUAAGCCCCUUGUUCCUUCUGGCAGAGCCACUGUUCUUCAGGUCUGGUCUUAAUACACCUGUGCUUUGAGGGUGGCUGCCAGUGUAAACAAACAAUUGUACUGCCUUUUUUCUUCCUUCCUUCCUUUCUCCCUCCAUCCCUUCCUUCCGGGUAGCUGCACAGUUUGUUUGUAAUCACUGAGCAUGACUUCUGAACACAGAAAGCCUGGAGUCCAGAGUUCCCAUUUUAAAAUAAAAAGCCAAUGUGUGUGAGGGAGGGAAAGAAUGUGUUUGUAAAUGUAUAGCCCAACAACGGGAAGAGACACGGGAAAAUGGCAGGGGCAGCUGCAUCCAGAGAGGAGAGGCUGGGGAUCAAAAUGUACAACUGCUCAUUCAAAGAAUAAAUACAAUUAAAGAGGCUAUAUGUUUUCAGGGAUACUAAGAUAACUUGAAAGUUAAGUCCUGUUUUGUGAAAUGUUAGUAAUUUUUAAAAAUCAAAUACAAUAAAAACAUUUUGUGCA